AUGGGAUUGCCUUUUCCUGGUAUAACAAGCACUGAGAGAGCCACCACAAUGGCUUGCAUGACAUUUCUUUGGGUAAAACAGGCACAGCACAAUUUCAAAUUGGACACCGAGCUGACAGUCAAGUCAUACUUUGGUCCAGAUGAGGUGAAGUUGCUGAUUGCUGGAGCUAUGAUGGAUGCUGCGUGCUAUGAUAAUUCCCUUCAACAUACCAUCGCAAUCAUCUUGGAGCUCGAAACAGGCAUCUGGCCCUCCUCAGCUUUUGCUGUACGUGAUUAUCGCGACUGCUACAUAAGAUUCAAAAACAUAAAAAUCUUCCGCAGUGCAGAUUCUCCUGGUCGCUUUGCAUCUGAGUUGACCAUUGAGUGGUGGAAGGGGUACCAUGAUACCUCGCACUUGCGCAUCGUAUAUAUGUUCAGUUAG